AUGACCAUCCCAACCACUAGUACCACCACCACCCCCUCCAACCCCCCACCCCCCAAAAAACCCCUCCGCCCUCUCCACCGCUACAUAACAACGCACUCCCCAACCACCAACCUCGCAAUCUUCUCCCCGACCCUCCCCACCCCCAUGCCAGUGCAACAAAUCUCCGACUCCGCAAACGCCCACUUCUCUCUCGUCUACACAACCGAUACCUUUCCCGCGGACCUGUCCAACGAAACCGACAUCCCCGCCUACGCGUCCUACCUGUCCAACCCCCCCGGGAUUACUAUCUCCACUGGUUCGGUGUGUCGCAUCGUGGAUAUCCCGCCCCAUGCGAUGAGUCCGAUGCAUCGCACCGUGUCGAUUGAUUAUGGGGUUGUGUUGGAGGGGGAGGUUGAGUUGGUGUUGGAUUCGGGGGAGACGAGGGUGUUGGGGAGGGGGGAUGUGGCUGUGCAGAGGGGGACGAAUCAUGCUUGGAGGAAUGUGACGUCUGAUACUUCUGAUGGGGAGGGGCAGUGGGCGAGGAUGUUGUAUGUGCUUUUGCCGGCGGUGGGGGUCGAUUUGGGGGAGAGUUUGGGGGGGAUUGGGGUUAGGGAUAGUACUUAG